CUCAAAGUGGGCGGUGAGAAACCAGAACGCCACAUCUCUCCAAACUUUCCCUCCUAUUAUCUCCAGUCUGAACUGGAAAGAUGAAGUGCUUUUAAGUUAGUCGAAGUGCGGUACGGAUUCCUUCCCAUCCGAUGAAUGAAAGCGCGGAUUUGACCUCUCGACAAAUUCAACAUUCAGAUUCAUCAAAAAAAAGAAACUGCGGGAAACUUUCAUUUGUGCAGGCACUGACGCUUCUCUGCUCUCCUGAGGAGAAAUCUGUUAUUUGGAAAACAGCACGCAACAUACAAGACAAUGAGUGAAGGUUUCAAUGCUGCCACUCUUCUUAAGCGCUGUCGUCUGGCUACAACAGAGUCAAACUCAAUCUCCUCGCCUCCUGGGACUGCUGCCCAGGACUCAGAGGGUAAGGACUCUUCGGCAGAUGGAGAUCCCAAUUUUCCCAUGUCUUCUCUUGCCGAACUACUGGAGAAUGAGGACGGAUCACCGCCAUCCCAGGAUUCGCCGCAGGAUCCAGGACGACCAGGGCAAAAUCUUGACUUGAAGCAGAACAUGCGGAUAAGGUUCCCUGGAGCCUUUAAAAAGGGGGUUCCUAAUCCCAUGGACCUCCUGGAGUCCACCAUCUCUGAGUAUCCAGUGGCACCUGGACCAAAGAAGGCACCUAUGGAUUCUCUGUUUGACUACGGCACAUAUAGGGAGGUCAACAAUCAGAAGAAACGCAGAAAGAAGCUACCACGGGGGAAGGCAGAGAUUGAGAUGUCAUGUGAUGAGGGAUCCCCAGAGCCCGCAGUUCCGAUCGUCUUCAACCGCGGGCUGCUGUUUGAUGCUGUAUCGCGAGCAGACCCGAGAGCUCUGGACGGUCUCUUGCCAUAUCUACAGACGCAAGAAAAGAGGCUCACGGAUGAAGAGUUCAAAGAGCCUUCUACUGGAAAAACAUGUUUACCAAAAGCUCUGCUGAACCUACAGAAUGGACAGAAUGACACCAUCCCUGUUUUAGUGGACAUUGCGGAACAGACAGGAAACCUGCGAGAGUUCAUCAACACGCCUUUCAGAGAUGUAUAUUACAGAGGUCAAACUGCACUGCAUAUUGCUAUAGAGCGCCGAUGCAAACCGUAUGUGGAGCUUCUGGUGGAGAAAGAGGCCGAUGUUUAUGCCCAGGCAAGAGGACGAUUCUUCCAGCCUAGAGAAGAGGGUGGAUAUUUCUACUUUGGUGAGCUUCCCCUCUCCCUCGCAGCCUGUACCAACCAACCAGACAUGGUGCAUUACCUGACCGAGAACAGCCACAAAAAAGCAGACCUGAGAAGGCAGGACUCUAGGGGAAACAGCGUGCUGCACGCCCUGGUCCAUAUCGCAGACAACACCCGGGAUAACACGCGAUUUGUCACCAAGAUGUACGACUUGCUCCUCAUUAAAUGCUGCAAACUCUACCCAGAUUGCAACCUGGAGAAUAUACUUAACAAUGACGGAAUGUCCCCUCUCAUGAUGGCCGCCAAGCUGGGAAAAAUCGGGGUGUUUCAACACAUCAUUCGGAGAGAGAUUAAAGAUGAGGAGGCCCGUCAUCUCUCUCGGAAGUUUAAAGACUGGGCUUAUGGACCCGUGUACUCCAAUCUCUAUGAUCUUUCUUCUCUGGAUACCUGCGGAGAGGAAGUCUCUGUUCUGGAGAUACUUGUCUACAACAGCAAGAUUGAGAAUCGCCAUGAGAUGCUGGCAGUGGAGCCCAUUAAUGAGUUGCUGAGGGCCAAGUGGCAGAAAUUUGCUGCCGUCACCUUCUACAUCAGUGUGUUUUCCUACCUUGUCACUAUGAUCAUCUUCACUCUUGUGGCUUACUAUCGCCCAUCAAUUGGAAAACCCCCUUACUCCUAUAACACUACAGAGGACAAACUACGUUUGGCGGGGGAGCUCAUAACAUUGGCCUCUGGGCUCUUUUUCUUCAUAACAAACAUUAAGGACCUUUUCCUGAAGAAGUGCCCGGGGGUGAAUUCUUUAUUUAUUGAUGGAUCCUUUCAACUGCUCUACUUCAUCUAUUCUCUGCUGGUUCUGGUAUCUUCAGCGCUGUAUCUGUCAGGAAUCGAGGCCUACCUGUCUGUGAUGGUAUUUGCUUUAGCACUGGGUUGGAUGAACACCCUGUAUUUUACCAGAGGCUUUAAACUCACUGGAACCUACAGCAUCAUGAUUCAGAAGAUUCUCAUUAAAGAUUUGUUCCGGUUCCUGCUGGUGUAUGUGCUCUUCAUGAUUGGCUACGCAUCAGCGUUAGUUUCUCUACUGACCAUCUGCCCCGACGAGGCGACCUGUAAUGGUACCUGCCCCAAAUACCCAGAAUGCCGAGACACAAACACCUUCAGUGAAUUUCUCCUGGACCUGUUUAAGCUGACCAUCGGCAUAGGAGAGCUGGAUGACAUGCUUAAAGGCGCACAGUAUCCUGGUGUCUUCCUCGUACUCCUGGUCACAUACAUCAUUCUCACCUUCGUCCUGUUACUCAACAUGUUAAUCGCUUUGAUGGGGGAGACGGUGGGUCAGGUGUCCAAAGAGAGCAAGAAGAUCUGGAAACUGCAGUGGGCAACCACUAUACUGGACAUCGAGCGUUCCUUUCCUGUGUGUCUGCGGAGGUCUUUCCGGGUCGGAGAGAUGGUUACUUUGGGCAGGAGCUUUGAUGGAACGCCAGACAAACGCUGGUGCUUCAGAGUCGAUGAGGUGAAGUGGUCCCAUUGGAAUCAAAAUCUGGGCAUCAUAAAUGAGGAUCCCGGCCAGAAAGACUAUUAUGAACACACACAGGGAGGACGGGGCCUUCGAAGAGAUCGCUGGUCGACGGUCGUGCCAAGAGUGGUCGAACUGAGCAAGAACCCCCGAGAUCAUGUUUUAGAGAUGGAGCCUCUCACAAGCCGACACAGACAUAAAUCAGAAAGCUAAAGCAGGACAAUGAUGUGUUUUAUUAAAGCUGCCAAUGUUUUUAUUCAUAUGAGAACAGCCAUAUUUAUCAUUUUUAAAGUGUGAAUUUUGAGACCCAUGAGACACUCAGGGACAAUCUCUUUUGUUGAUCAUGGACUGUGCAAUAGAUUGUAUAAACCGAGAGCUUGUUUAAAUUAUUAAGAUGCAGAAAUUAGAACAAACAGUGCCUCUGAUCUGGAUACCGGCAUCUACUGUAGUCAUGUCUACCGUACUUUCUCCUGACAAGUGACAAAUCUCUGCAUUGUUUUAUGGAUAAAGUGGAAAAGGUUGCAUUGUAAUCAAUAAUCAUGUCAGAUUACCUCAGUGUAAAGGUGCAUUGCCAUAAUCACAACAUUCAUUUUAUGAAAUAUCAUAUUAUAAUGCUUUUGUGUUAUAUUGCCCAACCAUAAUGGAAAAGAAUAAUUUUUGUUUUGGAUUUGGCCUUUGGCAUUGUUUUGUAAUUUAAAGGUCAUGCAGAAACAGAUGUGGCCCUCACAACAGGAGUGUACACAAUGCCAGACUUCAGUAAUAUGCUAUUUUCACCUCAGUAUGCUGGCAUUGGUGUGACACUGGACUUAAUGAGUGUGAUGUUGGUAAUGACUUUAAGUGAAGGUGUUUCACAUGUAAUUCAGAAAAAACAUGACAAGCGAGAAAGCAUCCAACUUUUUACUUUCAUUUUUUGUUUUAUGUAUUUAUGAUACGCUGUUUUUUUACAAAGUCUGAGACAUUGUCUGUGUGCCUUUUGUCUUUUUAAAAGAAACUGACCAUUUCAGUACUUAUUAAUUUUUUUGUGUUGUGAUUUAGUGGAUUAAGAAUGGACUGGAAUAGGGCUUUGAGAUGCCUUUGUUUACAGGCCUAUGGUCAUUUUCAAAUAUCCUUUAUAUUUGAUCUGAAGUUUUUUUAAAGCAUUGACUAUAUUCGGUAGAAGAGGGAUGUAUAAGAAUAGAGGGUAAUAUAUUCUUUAGAGGAAAAUGUGUCUUGGCAAUAUGUUAGAUAUUUGGUGCUGCUUUUAAGAACUAUUUUUAUGUCUUGUAUUGACACACAUGGAGUUUUUGUUCAAUAAAAAGAUUUGGAUACACUA